AUGUUUAAAAGAUCCAUCGGGAUCACAAUAACGAUCGUCUUGCUUUUAUAUCUGAUAUUGGACAUGUUAGUUUGGGUGAAUUGUUUUGAAUUUAAUCGUUAUUUUGAAUUAAACAAGGACAAAUCGAUCAUGUGGACGAAAUGCUCCAAAGAUAUUGAUGGCGAUAACCAGGAUGAAAAUAAUUCUCCAAGGCCGAUUAACCAUUUUGACUGUGCCUACAUUGAGGUACCAUUAAAUUGGACACUCUCGCCGUCAUCUACACAACAGCAAGGCGCCAAUCCUUCAAAUUCUCAAGAGGCCCUAAUUUCUAUUAGAUUGAAGAGAAUUUCAGCAGAUGCUUCUGUGAGAAAGGGACAAUUUUGGUUUCAUGUUUGUCCUCUUUUUGAAUUUGACAAAUCAGUUGAUUUGUCGUUUGAAACAGUUGCUGUUGACAUGUUUCAGCAACUCAAUCGAGAGUACGAUGUAUUCAUUCCUAAUAUUAGAGGUAGCCCUGGGUCAAAACCUCUCUAUCAAUGCCAGCUGGAGGUUAAAUCUCAGGAAACUUUUUUCAACUGA